CCCAGCCGCGAAUUUAGUGAAUACUACAUACUACUCGUUUGAGAUUCGUGUGAGAUACGAGCUUAAAAAUCGUAUUUGCUCAAAGACGCGGAUCGUUGCGAUCGCGAGUGGAUAUUAUCUGACAGAGAAUCGAUCACGCGAGCAAACACGCGACGCGAAACGAGCGGGAAAGCAGCGCAGUCACGUUGACGCGCACCUAACCUCUCGCAAGUGUCAAUCACGUUUUCCGUCUCAGCGAGCCGCUGCUCGAGCGUGUCGCGCUCGUACAUCGACGAAAAGAAGUCUCGCACGUGCUUGUACGCACGUUCUUGUUGCCCGUGUGUGUUCCAUCGCGCCGAUAACCGAUGUCCGCUGGCAUGUUCCGCACGACGAGAGCGAGGCCAUUCAACCUGCGAUAUAUCCUCGCGUUCAACGAACCUUACGCACUUUGUUGGAGACAGAAUAGAGUGAAAUAGUGUUUACUGCAACUGCAUAAGUGAUUGUGCGAUCGAGCUUAACGAUGCGCUUUGUCAGUGUUGAGAAGCUGAGCGAAAUUCAGAGUGAUGCUACACGUAUCAGGAACAUAUGUAUACUGGCACAUGUGGAUCAUGGGAAAACAACUUUAGCAGAUUCUCUUGUUGCGAGUAAUGGUAUUAUCUCCAACAAAUUGGCUGGCAAGCUUCGAUAUUUGGACAGUAGACCAGAUGAGCAGAUACGUGGAAUCACAAUGAAAUCCAGCUCCAUAACGCUAUGUCAUGUACACAAUGAAACAGAUCAUGUAAUAAAUCUAAUCGACUCUCCAGGACAUGUAGAUUUCUCCUUUGAAGUUUCAACAGCAGUUCGACUCUCCGAUGGAGCUUUUAUCGUGGUUGAUGUAGUGGAAAGUGUAUGUCCUCAGACACGUAGCGCCUUAUCUAUAUCAUAUAUCGAGGGUUUAAAGCCUAUUUUAGUACUUAAUAAAAUUGACAGACUGAUUAUAGAAAUGAAAUUGACACCAUUAGAUGCCUAUGUUCGUUUGACACAGGUUUUAGAGCAAGUAAAUGCUAUUAUGGGUGAGUUAUUUGCAAGCGAUGUUAUGGAACGUGAAGAACGAGAGGAAACAGUUACUGUUGCAUCAAACAAGGUAAACGAAAGAGAUUUAGCUGAUUGGCAGUCGGUAUUAGAAGAGAUAGAUGACUCAAAUUUAUAUUUUUCUCCUGAACAAGGAAAUGUUCUUUUUGCCAGUGCAAUAGAUGGCUGGGGAUUUGGCAUAAAGGAAUUUGCUAAAAUUUAUUCCAACAAGUUAGGAUUUAGCGAAAAAGUCCUACGUAAAACGUUAUGGGGAGAUUUUUAUAUAAAUAACAAAACGAAACGAAUCAUGAAAGGAGCUCAAGAGAAAGCCAAGAAGCCGCUUUUUGUACAAUUUAUUUUGGAUAAUAUCUGGGUGUUGUAUGAGACUGUAGUGAUACGAAGAGACAAGGAUAAAUUGCCAACUAUGGCUCAGAAGUUAAAUAUUAAAUUAACAACCCGAGACUUGAGACAUACAGAUCCGAAAGCGCAAUUACAAGCAUUUUUUUCGCAAUGGCUUCCUCUGGCACGGACUUGUCUUGAUAUGGUAUGCGAGAAGGUACCAGCACCAUGUAAUUUAACUGAUGAAAAAAUUGAACGAUUACUAAGUGGAAACAACGAUUUCUCUGCUUUACCUCUUGAAACGCAGCGACUCAAAACAGCAUUCUUAUCGUGCGAUCCAUCUCCGGAAGUACCGAUUAUUGUAUUUGUAUCGAAAAUGUUUCCAGUGGAAAGAGACAUGCUACCUGAAAAUAGACCGAAAUCUUUAACAUCAGAAGAAUUGGCACAAAGAAGAGAAAUUGUUCGACAGAAACAUGCGGAACAACUGGAGCGAAAAACCAUUACCGAGAAUCAUCAGGAAAGUACGCAUAAUUCGGUUGUCUCUCAUAACAAUAUAGAACAGGAGGAUGUCAUUGAUGAUAACUCGGACGGCGCAUUAGUAGCUUUCUCUAGAAUAUAUUCGGGAACUAUCAAAAACGGAGAUGAAGUAUUUGUUUUAGGACCAAAACAUAAUCCUGAUAUUGCCCUGGAACGCGAAAAGGCGGGCGAGAAAGUGGAUUCGUCACUUGUGCUUAAGGAUUUGAAACCUGGAAGACAUAUCACGAAAGUGACUGUAAAUAAAUUGUACAUUCUCAUGGGAAGAGAGCUUGAAGUUGUAAGCAAAGUUCCAGCAGGUAAUGUCUUUGGGAUCGGCGGCCUCGAAGAACAUAUACUAAAGACCGCAACACUUUCCACGACGGUUGCUUGUCCUUCUUUCACAGAGUUAACUUCUCUUGCGGUUCCCAUUCUACGAGUAGCUCUUGAACCGAAACAUCCGAAUGAUUUGCCUAAGCUUAUCAGCGGCUUAAAAUUGUUGAAUCAGGCGGACGCUUGCGCCAUCGUUCACAUGCAAGAGAACGGUGAGAUUGUCUUGAGUACGGCUGGUGAGGUUCAUUUGGAAAGAUGUUUGGAAGAUCUCCAAUUGCGAUAUGCAAAAGUUGAUAUUAAUGUAUCGGAUCCAAUUGUACCAUUCCGCGAGACCAUAGUACCGCCUCCGAAACUCGAUAGAGUCAACGAAACAAUCGAGAAGAAAGUGGAAGAAGGCAAACUCGAAAUUUGGACGUCGAAUCGACAGUGUUACUUUGAGAUAGACGCAAAGCCUCUUCCAGAAAACGUAACAAAAUUAUUAGAGAAAAAUACUAAUUUGAUAAAACUAUUGGAUCGUUACUGCAACAGAGGCGUAGAAAAAAAUGGAGAAUGGAGAAUGGAGGAUUUUUCUGAUGAAAAUCAAUUAAAUGAGAAAUCUAUGUCCGAUAAAAAGCAGAAGGAAGUGAAAAUCUUUAAAAACGAAUUAGAGGCAGCUUUUCUCGAGGCGGGAUGGAAGGAUAAUAUAUUAGAUAAAAUAUGGUCAUUUGGGCCUCGGAAAUGUGGACCUAAUAUCCUGUUAAACGAGACCGACUAUAAGCAAAAGAAAUACUGGGAGCAACAAAGUCCAAACGACGAUUCUCGAACGAUAUAUGACAGCAGCAUAGUCAAUGGAUUUCAACUCGCUACUUUAGCUGGUCCCUUAUGCGAGGAGCCUAUGAUGGGCGUCUGCUUCCUUUUGAAAAAGUGGGAAAUUUUUGACGCUCCACAAAGCGAUUCCGGUGGUCAAAGCCAAGGACAUCUAGGCGUUCAGUUAAUGUCGGCAUGUAAAGAAGCUUGUCGAAAGAUCUUUAGACUGCGGCAUCCUCGAUUGAUGACGGCAACAUACAGUUGCAGCGUUUUAGUCAACUCUGAUGUUCUCGGAAAAUUGUACGCCGUAUUCGGUAAGAGGCAAGGUCGCAUCGUAUUUACGGAAAGUGCUUACGGCUUCGGUGGACAAUUCAGAGUUUUGGCCACCCUACCGGUUCUGGAAAGUUUCCACCUUGCGAGAGAACUGCGGACGCAAACGUCUGGAUUGGCCAGUCCGCAACUAGUUUUUAGUCAUUGGGAGGUCAUCGAGCAGGAUCCUUAUUGGGUGCCAUCUACGGAGGAAGAAUAUCUCCAUUUCGGCGAAAAAGCGGACAGCGAUAAUCGAGCUAAAUGCUACAUGGAUGCAGUUCGUCGAAGGAAAGGCUUGCCUGUAGAUUCCCAGCUAGUUCCGCACGCCGAGAAACAACGCACUCUUUCGAAGAACAAGUGAUGCGAAAUUUCUUUGCAUGAUUAUUACGUUCGGAAAACGCAUUUACUCCAAAUUUCCUGCUCGCGGAGACUCGAUUAUCUUACAUUCAUGAAAUUUUCUAUCUGUGGAAAUGUAUAAUUAGAAUGUAAAUGUACAUGAGAAGAAAAGAAUGUUUGUUUCUCUUCCUUUGUUAUACAUUGUAAAGAUCAAAUAUUAAUUAACUAAGCAAUGUUAAAUUUUAUUAAUGAAAGAAGAAAAUUGGAUAUAUUAAACCAAAUAUCUUCUUUAUUUAAGUGCUUAAAUUCAUAUUUUUAUUCGCCUUUAUUCUUUGACAAAUAUUAUUUCCAAAUAUGUUGUUACAUCAUACGCCCAUAAUAUAUUUUAAUGCAAGAUACAUAUGAAUGAAAAUGUAUAUCGACUCACAGAACUGUAUCUUAUAUAACACAUAAAUUAUUUACAAAGUAAAAAAAUCUUAAUAUCAUAGAACAUUUGCAUAAAUUACAUCAAAUAAAUGUACAUAUGUAAACACUUACGUUAAAAUAAUGACAGACAUAUAUCAUAAAUUUGCAAUACUCUCGAUACAAAAUCCUUGGUCAAUUUUUUAAAGUUUUUUGUUAUUAAUUUUACAGAACUGUUACUAUUAUAAAUUAUUACAAAUGUUAAUCUAAUCAUCGGUAAAUACAAUCUUUUUUCCUUGAAA